AUGCGGCCAUGCCAUCUCACCAUAGCGUCGUACCUCAACCGUGGCUUCCACACCGCACGUUUCACGCCCCGCCCGCAGCGAUACUUCCACCUAACGACUCCAACAAGCCAACCUCGAAAGCGCAACUUUUUUACUUCCAACGUCUACCUUUCCCAGAGCACUGGUGAACCGUCUCCGAGGCAGUCGAAACCUGAAAAUGGAGAAUCAUUACUGCCCACGCCUCCGAAGCGCAAAGGCGUUCGUUCUGCCGGCGCAAAGAACUCUCUACGUCGGGUGGCCAUCAUCGCUCAACGGCCAGCGCAACGCAGUGGUGGCGCCCUAUCUGGAGAGUCCGUCGAUGCAUCUGCUUCGACCCUGAUCAGCGCCGUCUGCGUUUCCGAGUCUUUCGAUAUGGGGUUGGUGCUAGAUACACUACGGGCGCAUGGGUUCGAUAUCGACCCAGACCAGAGCGGAUUCGAGGCAAGCGAGGUUGUACAUGCCCGCGGUGUAAAUGGAGGCGACAUCUUUGUAUUCCCUUCUGGAACGAUCGUGACCUGGGCGCUGCCUCCUGAUGUCGUCACUAAACAAUUGCUCGGCGCGGCGGAAACGCCGUUGAAGCCGGCUCUGCGGGAGGUUGAGGACCUGGAGUAUGUUGCCGACUCGUCGAGGGAAACGAGCGGCAUGAAGGGUGACAUUGUGGUACUUGGGACGAAGCUUGAAGAGAGGGAUGGCGAUAGACUGGACACGACGCUGGCCAAGAUUGCCUUCUCUUCUGGGCUAGCGAGGAGCACCAAGCUGGCCGUUCUCGAAACAGCCUUGACGGCGUACUUUGAGAGUACCAGGAAAAUCCCGUCGCUGCUGUCAAAGGGCUCUGGGCUACCCCUUGGUAGGAAGUUUAUCUUGCAGAAGACGGGCGAGUUGUUGAGUCUGCGCGCGCGGCUCAACCACUACUCGGAGCUGACAGACUCCCUCCCGGACAUUUUCUGGGACAGCCGUGCCGAACUAGGUCUAGAAGGGUACUAUGAGCAGGUCGGACGAGCGCUUGACGUAAACGUGCGGAUUCGAACGUUGAACCAGAAGAUGGACUAUGCGCAGGAGAUUGCGAGCGUGCUACGAGAGAUGUCUAGUGAGCAGCACAGCACAAGACUGGAGUGGAUCAUCAUCAUCCUCAUUGCUGUCGAAGUCGUCUUUGAGCUGAGGCGGAUUGUGUUGGAGUGGAAGGAGGAGGAGGCACUAGAGAACGCCGGGAAGAAAUGA